AUGGCUGAUAAACCACCAAAGAAAGGCAAACUUUUAUUCAAAGGCGAUAAGAAAGAAAAAAAAAAGAAAAGAAAACAUCGUGAUGAAGAAGAUCGCGAUCAAGCACAACUGACUGAGGACGGUUGGGUUCGUGUAGAUGGUUUGGAUGAUCUAGUUGGUCCGGUUUUCAUUACUCAUCCUAGUGAUCCUACGGUAUGUCUAACGGUAGAUGAAAACGAUCGAUUUCUGGCCUAUCCAUUACCGGAAGAUGUGUCGUCUGAAGAACCCAUGAUUGUCAACCAAGUAUUUGUCGGUGCUCGAUCGGUAGGAUCUACUCAACGAUUCACAUUCAAGUCUUAUCUUGGCAAAUUUCUCAGUAGUGACAAGGUGGGUGUGACGCGAUGUGAUCGUGAAGCCAUUAGUGGACCGGAAGAAUGGGAACCUGUUAUUACAGAAGCUGGUGUGGCUUUUCAAAAUACCUAUGGGAAAUUCAUGAUGGUAGAUCAAGUAGCCAAUGGUGGUUUUAAAAUCCGGACAGAUGCUGAAGAAAUUGGAUUCUGUGAAACAUUCCGUGUAUUUUGUCAAGCAAGAUUCAAGUAUAAACGCAAGAAGGAAUCCAAAGAAAAGAAAUUCAAUGCCGAUCGUGCCGAACUGGAUAAUGUGAAAAAGAAUCAAUCUUGGGGUGGUGGCAAAUUACAUAUGACCCGAGAAGAUUCAAAACGACUGAAAAAGGCCAAGGCGGAAGGAAGAAUGAAUGAAGCCAUGUUGGAUCGUAGAUCGAUGAUGAAAGCGGAUCGUUAUUGUAAAUAGGAUAUAUAUAUAUUACAUAUUUUUUUUUUUUGGAUCUCUUUUGUUGAAAUAAAAUUGUGAAUUGAAUUCUUAAGAU